AUGCAUGAGCGAGCUGCAUUCCGGGCGGUCUACUUGGCCUCGCCGCUGAAGUUCUGCACGACGCUUCAUGCCUUCGCUCCAGUAUUGCCUCGCUACUUCAUCAACGCCUGGGAGAAGGAUCCUUGGAAGUGGCAGCACCACAAGUACCGCCGCUCCAGAGAGCGCAACCGCGGCAAGUGGUUCUACGGCUCGGGCCCUUUGGGCGGGGUGCAGCUGCCGGGGUGGCCGGAGCCGGGGCUUUUGGGCGCCCGCGGCCUGGUGGAGGUCGCGCAGAAGGGCCAGGUGGAGCGCCUCGAGGACCAGACAUUCUGGCAUCAGGUAGCAGAACGAGCUGUUACUCUACGUGAUGUCAUGGCAGUAGGUGAUUUGGCUGUGAUUCUGGACACCUUGCUGACGGCAAACCAUCGCCACACGCAUCUCAUGAAGACGCUGUCUCGCGAGCUCAUUGACGAUGUGGAUAAGCUGUCGCUGGUGGAGGCCGCAGUGAUCCUCAACGCCUAUGCCCACUUCAACUGCGAAAGCCGCCUGAUGCUGAAGUCCUUUGCAGAGCAUAUCGCGCGGCUUCUGCAGGAGCGACCGUACACCACGGUGGAUGCUGAUGAGAGGUUCGGUUCUGAAGCAGCACACCCACAGACACUGGCUGUGCUGUGCAAAGCCUUCGCGAGCCUCAAGUACCAGGACUCAGAGAUGCUCAGGGCUGUCAACGAAGCCUUGGUGGAUCGAAUUCAGGACGCGAACUUCAAUUCCGUCGCAGACAUCUUGGCCGCCUUUGCAGAGCUGGAAGCUCCCUUCGAGGCACCGGUGGAGUUCUGGGUCACCCUUGCGAACAAGGUGGGAGGAACCCCCAUGCGCUUCCUGAGCCCGACACUUCGAGCCUUGGAUCGGCUGCAGGUCUCCGAGCCUGGCCUGUCUGAGGCCCUGGGCAAUGAGGUCUUAGCCAGACUGCAGGAAGUGGCGGUGCCGCAGGUGCCGCCGGCAGCGCCGCCUCUGCGGCGCUUGCCGGCGUUGAAGGUGGAGCUGCCCACAGACCUCCUGCGGCAGGGGUCUGGUUCCGACGCCAGCUCUAGCACCAGCCCCGAGCCCGAGGAGGUGAUGGAUGACGUCUUUGAGGUGAUGCCAUCAGCGCUCGUUGAUACGGUCGCAGACGAGGAUGAAGAAGAUGACGAUGCCCAAGCAGCAUCCAAGCGGAAGAGGAGGCGGUGGUACAACGCCGUGUCCCGCAAGCUGGAUGUCAUGAGCCUCGACUCUUUAAAGGUCCCCUACUAUGCGCCCUUUGAUCCAGACCUCAACUACCAGCGGAACCUGCGCGGUGCUCGAGUAGCGCAGGCUCUGGAAGGCCUCGAUACACUGGCAGGCGCUUCACCGCCAGCCGCGGCAGGACUGGUCCGUGGAGGCUGA